AUGCCCACGUCGGAUCCCCCCAAGCCAACGACGAACCCGGAGACAUCACACCCGCCAACCUCUGCUCCUCCGCCAACGACUUCCAACGAGCCAACAAAGCCCAGCGAUCCGCCGACCAGCCAGCCAUCGCCCACUCCUCCUCCGCCGUCGAGCGAGCCCUCAAAGCCGCCGACCAGCGAGCCCAGCCAGCCGCCAACAUCGGCUCCCCCGUCUUCACCCAACCCGGAGCCGACAUCCAAGCCGUCGUCUCCUCCACCGCCGCCGUCGCCAACAACCUCUGACUCGCCUUCUCCUACCAGCCCGAAUCCGAGUCCGACUACUCCAGAGCAGUCGAGCACAACCGUCAUCAUCACCUCAACGGCGUCUCUGCCGAGCAACCCUAACCCCACCCGCCCAGCACCUUCCUCCUCGUCCUCUACCUCCAGUUCAGCACCAACCUUGCCUCCAGGCUCCGGCUCCGGCAAUGGAAACGGCGGUCUUUCUGCCGGUGGAACCAUUGCAAUUGCAGUUGUUGUGCCCGUCGUCUCGGUAGCUUUGAUUAUCAUUCUACUGCUGUUCUGGUAUCGCAAGCGCAAGGCCCGUAAAUUGGCGGAGGAAGAGCGCAAGCAGGAAAUCGAAGAAUACCGCUUCAACCCGAACAAUGACCCUACCCUACCUGCCGUGGGCAUGUACGAUACCGACGUUGCCUUGAAGGACACCUCUGCUGCUGCUGGGGCUGCUGGGGCUGGUGGUGCAGCCGCAAGCGGAGGUUACCGUGGUUGGGGCACGACCAGCAACUCACGCCAUGCACCCACCAACACCGCCUCUAGCGGCGGGGCUGACAGCAGCGCCAUGUAUGGCCGAGAGGUAUCCCCCGUCGAAGAGUCCUUCCACAUGGCCGACGACGAGCAGCGUCAAGGCCUAGGCCGUGUUGAACCUGCACCCGCCGGCAUCCCCAAAGCCCUGCAUAUCGGUCAGCCUCCAGUCCAACAGCAACAGCAACAACCAUUACAACACCAGCAGCAGGCCCCCAUCCAGCAUCAAAAUGCGAGCAACAUUCAUCGUGGCCUGUCCAAUGCCUCAUCGGCGUACUCCACAGGCGCCCAGUCAGACAUGUCUGACGACAUGAUGCCUCCGGGAGCCCCUGCAGGCGCACAGUACUAUGAAGAGAGCGCCUACUACCCAGAUGGCCACGGAGCCGGCUACUCCCACGGCCACAGCGGCAGCCACGGCCACGACCAAAGCGGCCUUGGGCCGCAGCCCGUCAUCCGCGACGUCUCUGCCCGGCGCAACACCCGCAUCGAAAGCCCCAGCGUCUUCCCCCAUCCGCAGCAGGGCAACGCCGGCAUAGCGCAGAACUUUUAA